AUGAGUAGGAAUAAUAAUUAUAAUGGACCAACAACAUCAAGUGGUAAAAGUAUUGGUGGUAUAAAUAAGAGUACAAAUCGUAAUCGUAAUCGUAGAAAUAAUAAUUAUAGUAAUGAUAGCAAUAGUAGUGGUGGUGGUGGAAGUUAUUCAUCAGCAUCAUCUUCAAGAAGAACUAAUAGUAAUGGUAGUAAUAGUAGUAUUAGUAGUAAUGGUACAUCAAUGAGUGAAGAAAUUAUUGAAGAAUCAACAUUUGAUUCAUCAGGUAAUAAUAAUAGUGGUGGUGGUAGUGGUGGUGGUGGUGGAUCCACAAGUGUAACUUCAAAAAAGAUAAUUAAUGGUGUUAAAAAUACAACUACAACCUCAACAUUAUCAUCUUCAUCUAGUUGUAUUCAAAGUAACAAUAAUAAUAAUGGUAAUAAUAAUGGUAAUGGUAAUGGUGGAGUAUAUAGUGUUGGUGGUCUUUUAGGUAGUAGUGGAGGUAUGAUGCAACCAUUACCUGGUGGUGGUCCAAUUAAUUUAUCAUCAUCUACAGGAAUGCAAUAUCCACAAGGAUCAGUUGAUAAUUUGAUGGCACCAAAUGUAAAUAGAGAUGGUGGUGGUCAUUUUGGUAAUUAUACGCCUUUUCUUAGUAAAGAUUUUAUGAAUAAUAUCAUUGGUCAACCAAGAGCACCAUUAGGUCAUAUGAGACCACAAGAUAUUUAUGAACAAACUCAAUUAAGAAAACAACAAAUGGAAAAUAAAGCAAAUCUUGAAGAAAUUUAUGAUGAAAAUGAUAACGAGGAUGAUGAUGAUGAUGAUGAUGAUGAUGAAGAAGAAUAUGAAGAUGAUGAUGAUAAUGCUGAUAAUACUGAUCAUACUACACAACAAUCAAAUCAACGUCGUCGUAAUGAUAGAUUCUCUGACUAUCAAGGUGAUGAAGAUGAAGAUAUUGCUUUACAAAGAGCUAUUAAUGAAUCCAUAAGAUUACAACAACAACAGCAGCAACAACAAAAACAACAACAACAAAAAACAAAGCAAACUAAUAAUAAUAAUAAUAAUAAUAAUAAUAAUAAUAAUAAUAAUAAUAAUAAUAAUAAUAAUAAUAAUAAUAAUAAUAAUCAAAAUAAUCAAAAUAAUCAUAGACAACCAUCACCACCGCCACAACAACAACAACAACAAUCACAACAAUCACCACAACAAUCACAACAAUCAAAAAAUAAUAAUCAAACAAAUAAACCAAAUUUAGGCUCACCAAAUACACCAUCAAGAAGAAAGGUUAGAUUUGGUGGGUCAUCACCAAAUGAUGAAAUUAAUGAAUAUAAACAAAAUAGCGGAAACUAUAAUAAUAGUAGUAAUAAUAAUAAUAAUAAUCAAAAUAAUAAUCAAAAUAAUCAAAAUAAUAAAUAUGGUUAUAGAGUUAAUAAUUGUUUAAAUAUUAGUAAUGAAUCUGAUGAUAAUGAAGAAGAAUAUUAUGAGAAUAAUCCAGAAGCACAACAAUUUCUAUCAUCAAUAGAUAAAGGUAGAUUAGAACAUAAGAAAAUGAUAAAAGAUUCAAGAAAGAUUAGAGAGGAACAAGAGAGAGAAUUUAAUGAAUCUUUGAAAAAAGAUAGAGAAAAGAAAGAAGAGGAAGAAUUAGAGAGAGCUUUAAAAUUAUCGAUGGAAAUUGAACAACAAACUCAAAUCUCCAUAAAAAGAGAUAGAUUACCAGUGGAUCCAUCGAUUGGAUUAUCUCUGGAUCAAAUUAAAUCUUCUCCUAUUAAAAUUUGUGAAAUCUCAAUCAGUUUACCACCUGAUGGUACUAGAAUCACUAGAAAAUUCUUUGUAAAUAACACUUUUCAAUCAAUUCGUGAUUGGGUAGAUAUUCAUUUAUUCGAUUCAAACUCUCAAAUAAAUUUAUCAACCUAUGAAUUAGUAACCAAUUUCCCAAAAGAAUCUUUAACUGAUAAUUCAAAAACUUUAUUAGAUUUACAUUUAUACCCACGUGCAAUUUUAAAUUUAAGAGAACCUUAA